AGAAAAGCGCUUCUCGGCACCCGUAGCCGCAUCCCAGCGCUGCCGCUGCCGCUGUCACAACAAGAGAAAGAGGAUAAUAAGUUAUUAGUCAGCUGACAGAAGAAUAAUCCUCCCCGUAACGUCUACGAGCAGCUAGCAUUUUAUUUCAAAAUGUCUGACAAAAGUGAGCUGAAGGCAGAGUUAGAGAGAAAGAAACAACGACUGGCUCAGAUCAGAGAGGAGAAGAAGAGGAAAGAGGAAGAGCGCAAGAAGAAAGAGUUGGACGGACGGAAGGAGGGAGCGUCUCCUCCGCAGGAUGACUCUGAUCUGGAGAGGAAGAGGAGGGAGGCAGAGGCUCUGCUGCAGAGCAUGGGGAUAGUGGACGCCUCCAUGGUGCAACCUCUGCGUGUGGUAACAGAGGAUACGUGUCUGUUUCACUAUUUAGUCCCCCCUCCCAUGUCCCCUUCUGCCAAAUCAGUGGGCACACCGAGCGAAACGGGCAGCCAGGACUCAGGGGACGGCGGCACGGGGCCGAGGACUCUUCAUUGGGACUCUGACCCUUCUACUCUACUGCUCCAUUCAGACUCUCAGCUCGGACGUGGCCCGUUGAAACUGGGCAUGUCAAAGGUCACACAGGUGGACUUCCCGCCAAAAGAGAUGGUGUCGUACUCAAAAGAGACACAGACGCCCACACAGACUCAUCACAAAGAUGAUGAGGAGGAGGAGGAAGAUUUGGCGGUGACCCAACCUGCUCUGGAGAAUCAAGAGGAGAAAGACUCUCAGAAAGAGGAAGAAGAAGCGCCCCCUCAUGAGCUGACAGAGGAAGAGAAGCAGCAGAUUCUUCACUCGGAGGAGUUCGUGACUUUCUUUGACCACAGCUCUCGUAUCAUGGAGCGCGCUCUCUCUGAGCAGGUGGACGUGUUUUUCGACUACAGCGGACGAGACCUUCAGGAAAAAGAGGGAGAGUCUCAGGCCGGAGCCAAACUCUCCCUGAACAGACAGUUUGCGGACGAGCGCUGGUCCAAGCACAGAGUGGUCACGUGUCUGGACUGGUCGCCGCAGUACCCUGAGCUGCUGGUGGCGUCGUACAGCAGUAAUGAAGACGCUCCACAUGAGCCCGACGGUGUGGCUCUCGUCUGGAACAUGAAGUAUAAGAAAACCACACCGGAAUAUGUCUUCCACUGCCAGUCUGCGGUGAUGUCAGCAGCCUUUGCUCAGUUUCAUCCUAACCUGGUGGUUGGAGGCACGUACUCGGGGCAGAUCGUCCUGUGGGACAACCGCAGUAACAAACGCACCCCAGUGCAGAGGACGCCUCUCUCCGCCUCGGCUCACACGCACCCGGUGUACUGCGUGAAUGUGGUGGGGACGCAGAACGCUCACAAUCUCAUCAGCAUCUCCACCGACGGCAAGAUGUGCUCCUGGAGCCUGGACAUGCUCUCCACUCCACAGGACAGUCUGGAGCUCGUGUUCAAACAGUCCAAGUCAGUAGCCGUCACCUCCAUGUCAUUUCCUCUGGGAGACGUCAAUAACUUUGUGGUGGGCAGCGAGGACGGCUCCGUCUACACCGCCUGCAGACACGGGAGUAAAGCGGGUAUCAGUGAGAUGUUUGAGGGUCAUCAUGGACCAAUCACAGGCCUCGACUGCCACACAGCAGCAGGACCGGUCGACUUCUCUCACCUGUUUGUCACGUCCUCCUUUGACUGGACCGUCAAACUCUGGAGCACCAAGAACAAUAAGCCCUUGUACUCUUUCGAGGAUAAUUCAGAUUACGUGUAUGACAUCAUGUGGUCUCCCACACACCCCGCUCUGUUCGCCUGCGUGGACGGGGUCGGACACUUGGACCUGUGGAACCUCAACAACGAAACCGAGGUUCCCACGGCGAGCGUGACGGUGGAGGGAAGCCCCGCUCUGAACCGAGUGCGCUGGGCUCAGUCGGGACGAGAGGUGGCCGUCGGAGACUCCGAGGGUCAGGUGCACAUUUACGACGUCGGAGAGCAAAUCUCAGUGCCGCGGCAGGACGAGUGGACUCGCUUUGCGCUCACGCUGACCGAGAUCAACGAGAACCGCGAGGACGUGGAGGAACUGGCCGCUCAGCGACUGGCUGCAUGAUCGCCAUAGCAACCCCUGCUGACCAAUGACGUCCCCCCCCUCCGCGUUUGCAUAUCUCCACCUCCUCUGAAGUUAUUUUAGUGACAGUCUCUGGCUCUCUUUUUUUAAUUCUAGAGACGAACGGAUUAUUUCAGAAAGCAAGAUUUUGCUAUUAAUAAUUGAAGCAUUUAGCGUUACGCUCAGAGUAAUAACGGUAGUGGGACUGGAUGGAGAAAGUAGAUUAUAUCAGGUGGGAUUUUGAAUGUUUUUAUCUAUUUGUAGGGCUAGAGGCUGAUUCGGAGGAAAGGGAGGAUUGAACACUUCCUAUAUGCAAACUACUGUACAGCAACUUUAGACACUGACUUAGCCUACAGUAACAGGAGAACUGUGCUUUUAAAGAGGUGGGAUAUUUGUAACAUUCCCUUCCGGAUUAACUUUCACAUUAUUGGAUUAUUUAUAGCUUUUUAACAAAUGCAUUUUGUUUUUAGCUCAUAAAGACUGAACGCGUGUUUGUAAUAACCAAAUCAGCACACUUUUCAACAUGUAACUCAGUUCUUCU